AUGGGGCGUGAACAUUUGAAAACUCCAUCUUGGUGGUUCUUCGACUUGGACGACACUCUCCAUGAAUUCCGCAAAGCAUCUUCCUCUGCCCCUCCUACACCACAAGAAGACUCUGUCACAUUCGCCGAUCUGAAAGCAGCAUACUCCAAAGUCCUCAAAGAAACCACAUCCUCCGCAUUCACAGGCGGCAAAACAAGCCACGAUUACCGCGCCGAACGCUUUCAAAAUACACUGAAAGCUCUCAGUCUCCCCUUUACACCAGACCAAGUAGCACAAAUACUCAAUGUAUACAAAAACGCACUGAUGCAACAUCUAACGCUAAAACCUACUAUCGUGACUGAAGGCCCGCAAGACGCUCAGCAACGCACUGUUGCCGCGUUGGGGCUAGAACCGUAUUUCGAUCGGUUGAUUACUACAAAUGCGUUUGGGGUGGCCAAGGUGGAUGGGUUGUUUGAAAAGGCGCUGGAGGUGCUGGGGGUUGAGGGAAGGGAGGUGAUCAUGGUGGGAGAUAGUUGGGAUAGAGAUGUGGUGCCUGCGGGGAAAGCGGGGAUAAGGUGUGUGUGGUAUGCGGAGGGGUGUGAGGAGGAGGAGGAGAGGUAUGUUGAGUUUGGGAGGAAGAGGGUGGAGAGGGUGGUCGUUGUGGAUUCGUUAGGGAAGUUACGGGAGAUGGUUGAGGAAGCAGAGCUAUGUUGA